AUGACCAAGAAGAACUUCGUCUUCGGGGUGGCGAACUCGCUCUUCGUAGCUUGGAGCUUCGGAGCGCUUCCCGGCUACUUCUGGAUCGUCUACAUCACGGAGGUCUGCGUGCUGCUGCCUAUCCGCUGGAGGAAGAUGAUCCGUGCCUCUCCGAAGCAGCACCUGUACUGGCUCGACUUCUGCUGGAUGGCAAAUUUCUUUGGCGUCUUCUUGCUGCUGGCCCUUAUGGUAUUUACGAUCCCGCCCGAGAUUCAGAGAUGGUGCAUGUGUGCCAGCUGGGGAUUAGGCACAGGGACAUUGCUCUGCGCCACCACGGCCUUGGGCAAUGCAUUGCUCUUCCACGAUCUCGACAACGUUUGCGCGGUCUUGAUCCACCUGUUCCCUUCUUUGGUCAUGUACGAACUGGGCUGGAAGCGGGGUGACGUUCAUGCCGCAUGGCCCCGCAUCUUCCUGCAGUGUAAUUUCUUCGAGUCCCUCGAUCCGAUGGAGAUUCUGUACAAUGCCUGCCUUGUGUACGGUGUUUGGUUUCUGCUCUACGUUUCUUGGCUCCUCGCUAUUGGUCGGCGAUGCCCCAAGCAUGGAUAUGACACGAUCUUCCACUGGGCGAUGCGAGGUUCCGCCGGAAGCGUCGUGGCAAAGAUCUUGCGCCAGCAACCAGAGGUCCAUGCAGCUUACGCUCAGAGCAAUGACUUUCCGCUGGCCUACGUCUUUGUCUACAUGGCCUUGCAUGCAGCAUCGGUCCUGGCGAGCAUUCCGGUGUCGCUGCUGUGCUACAGCAGUCAGUGGAUCCACGUCAGCCUUUGCGCCUGCGUGCUGCUCUCCACGAUCUACAACGCGUCUGCCCGCUACACGUUCUACAUGGUGAAGAGCUACACUGUGGCUUUGAAAAAAGAGCUGAGAAUACCUCGUGACCGCGGCGCUUCUGCCCUCCUUGAUCGCGAUGAGAACUGA